AUGGCUAUUACUGAUAUGCUAAACCGCCGUGUGCGGGCAAGGCCUGCUGAAGAAUAUGAUGUCUACUCUGAGCAGUCUGACGUCGCCGAGGAGGGCUCUCAGAAUGAGGGUGAAGAUGGAGAAUCCGACGCCGAUUCACAAUCUCAAGACUCAGAAAACUCCGAUGCCUCGGAAGAUGAUGCCUCCGGAAACGACGAAAGCAGCGCUGCCGAAGAAGAAUUCUCGGACGAAGGCGACGACGACAUCAAAGCCUCACUAAGCAACAUUUCAUUCGGCGCCCUCGCCAAAGCCCAAGCCUCCAUGGGCUCUAAAAAACGCAAAGAAAAAUCCUCCAAAGAAGACACGGCCUCGCCGCUCGACGACAUCCGUGCCCGGAUCCUCGAAGCCCGCGAACAAAAGCGCCUAGCCGCCGGCAAAUCUGACAAAGAAAGCAAAACAAGCAAGGAAAAGAAAGCCGCGCGCGCAAACAAGCACGCACCAAUGGAACAGUCCUCCAAGCGCGCGGUCUCCCGCAAACGCACGAUCGUCGAACCGCCAGCACACGCCAAAGCCCGAGACCCGCGGUUCGACGCCGCCGUCAUGGGACACAGCGGCGGAGGCAAGAACCCUGAACUCGCAAACAAAGCAUACGCAUUCCUGGACGAUUACCGCGCGUCAGAACUGAAAGAUCUAAAGGCAGAGAUGGGGCGGACGAAGAACCCAGACCAGAAAGAAGCGCUGAAGAAGCAGAUUCGAUCCCUGGCGGAUCGAAUGCGGAGUAUGGAGAACCGGAAGAGAGAGAGGACUGUGCAGACGGAACACAAGCAGAAAGAGAAGCAGAUGCUGCGGGAGGGCAAGAAGAGUACGCCGUACUUCCUGAAGAAGUCGGAUUUGAAGAAACAGGUUAUGCAGAAGAAGUAUGAGGAGAUGGGAUCUAGGGAUCGGGCCAAGGCUUUGGAGCGCAGGAGGAAGAAGAUGGCCUCGAAGGAGAGGAAGGAGAUGCCCUGGGAGAGGCGUGGCAUGGAGGAUUCUGGAUUUGGCGGUGGCGGACCUCCCAAGCGUAGACGACUUGAUUAG